AUGAAGGAUAAAGUAAUUCUAACCAAACCUUUGGCUGCAUUGGCCUCAUCACAUAAGUCAGACAGUAGUGUAUUACCAAAGAGUGUUAGUUAUAACCUGAGCAGUAGUAGCAGCAGCUCAAGCAAGAGUAGUGGAAAUAGAAGUAAUCGUAGUAGUGCACUUGUUACUUCAAUAUCACUAGCUGAUCACUAUCAACAACAACAACAAAAGAGACAACAACAACAACUAUUACAACAACAACAACAAGAUUUGGAAACAUAUAAUGAUAAAGAGGCAAUGAUGGUUGUUAGUUGCCUGAAGAAUCAGAAUACACCAGACACAAUGUGCACGACAAAUAGCACUCUACCACCGCCAUUGAACUCGACUGCAUCGUCCUCCUCAUCCUCUUCCUCCUCGUCAUCAUUUGGUUCAAGCAAACAAACAAUGACUGCAAUUAUAUCAUCAUCAUCAUCGCAGCACUACAAUGAGUCUGCUUCCACUGCUGUUGCCAUUCACACAUCACAACAGCCAGGACAGCCCGCACAGACACAUAGACCAACACAGCUGUUCUUCACAAUGAUAGCCAACAGCCACAUUUGGAAGUCGAUCACAAAGCACGUGCUGACCAGACGCUCGAUAUUCUCUGAACGUCUGUCUUAUCGCCCGAUGCAAUGCCAGCGCUAUAAUCAGAUAAACUCGGCCGAAUGGAUGAUGGCCAACGAUCACUUUGGACUGCUGCUCGACAAGAUGAAGACGCAGCGCCCGCCAGUGUUCAAUCAACGCGCACUCAUUCAGUUGGCCGGCAAGUGCCGGAGCGCGCAAACCUUCCACCUGGUGUUCCAGGCAAAGCGCGAGUACUUUUGCAAUGAUACGGCGCUGGUCGAGGCUGCCAUUGAGGGCGGCAACCUCACCGUUGUACAAUAUAUGAUGGAUGAGCAGCACUGGCUGCUGCCUCCCACCGCCCUGGAGCUGGCGGCGCGCGCAGGUCACAUCGACGUGCUGGACUUCCUAAUACACAGGCGCCAGCCACUGCCGCCCAACACCGUUCCCGCGCUCUUCAAGAUCGCCCUGCAGCACAAUCGACUGGCAAUGGCGCGCCACAUUUUUGGCAAGAUUGGCUUCUUCCUGAGCGGCCCUGUCGACCAAUUCUUCCGCCUGCUCUGCUGCAUGGGCGACUUUGCCUUCUUCAAGCUGGUGUACGAGUCGCUGCAGCUGGUGCUGGCGUCGACGGCGCUCAAGGAGUACUUGACAUACCUCUCAGACCUGCUCAACUACCAGACGACGCCAUUGACACGCGAACACAUUCAAAUAAUCAGCUACAUUGAGCGAGGCAAUGGCCGCACUACACUGCCGCCAAUCUCAGCCACAAUGAGCGAUGCGGCCAUGUACAGUCUGUUUAUCCGCUGGAUCAAUUUGAAUCGCCCACAGGUCGUGGGCACAAUGUCCAACUCAAUCCUGAGGACCGCCGUGUUCUUUGAUGACGCUGAGCUUUACGCCUACACCGUCAAGACCUUCCCCAACGCCCAUCCAUGUCGCCACAUGCAGCUGGCCUGCUCACAAGGCGCACACAACAUUGUCCAGUACCUCAUCGAGAACCAGAUCGAGCCAAUGACGCACCGCUCCAUCCAGCUGGCCUACUUUGGUCGCCACAACACACGUCAUCAACUAUAUCCGCAACAACGUGGCGGCCAUCAAGAUUGA